AUUUUACGUCGAUCGCGAAUAUUUAAUAACUACUUAUGAAAACAAAAAAUCAUCCAGAAGGUAUCGCGAAUUCGAUGUGAAAAAAUAUGAAAUAGUGUACUCAGCUUCCAUUAGAUAAUUUAUAAAAAGUGAUUUUAUUUCUAUGUUGUGUGAUCAAAUUAAACAGGAACAUGUACGUUUAUGUUUAUUUAUUCAACUGGCACAUUUACCUCACUAUUCUACUUACGUCAGGUGCAUCAAAUCCAGAAAAAGGAGAGAUAGUUGAUCACAAUCCAGACCAGGAUUUCCGUUGCGAUGAUGGACACUACGUAGCAAGGAUAUUUGUUUGCGAUGGAAUACCAGACUGUGAUGAUAACUCAGAUGAAACGCGCGAUCAGUGUAGGAAUAUAUCAUGCAACGAUCAAACCUUUCAGUGUGGUUACGGAGCUUGCAUUAGUAAGGAAUACGUAUGCGAUGGCCUUAAACAGUGCAUCGAUGGUUCCGAUGAAACACCACACGCAUGUAAAACGUCUCUUAUUCGCAAAUCAAACAGAAGCAAACGAGCAGCUGGUGGUUCGUGCCCUAAACCUCCACCAUCUCUCGAUAAAGUUAUAACUUUCAAUUGUGACAGAACCUCAUCAAAAUCUUGUGGUACCCGAAACGGGUAUGUUCCCGAACUGACUAUCGCCACGAUCAAGUGUAAGCCGAAUUAUUAUCCAGAAAAAAAACCUUCAAGGUCUUUUUGCCUCGAUAAUAACUGGGAGCCUCAAUUUGACAACUGUUUCAGAAAAUGCGAAAAAUUGAAUCCGGUGAAUGUUGAUAUGAAAUGCAAUCGCAAUGGUGUGAAUAUUCCAUGUGACGAAAAUUCUCUGCUAGCAGGGAGUAAAGUUCGUCCAGUCUGCAAAGAAUUGCACAAAUACGGCGAUUUUGUUCCUGGUUACAGAGAAAUUACAUGCAAAGGGAAUGGAAAAUGGGAUAAGACAUUGUUCUCUUGCAUUCCUGAAUGUGGUCGACCAUACACGAACCCCAAGAAAUUAAUUCAAGGUGGAGUGGAUGAAAGUAUAAGUGAUUCUCCUUGGCACGUUGCAAUCUAUAAUGCAAAGAAAGUUCUAAUUUGCGGUGGCACGAUCAUAAGUCCAUACAUAGUUUUAUCAGCUGCACACUGUUUCGAAGAAGAUAACAAACCCACGACAAGCACCGACAACUACGAAGUGGUUGUCAGUAAAGUCAGCCGUAAUUAUUCCAUAACAGAUAAUCGUAAUCAAAAGGUCUUCAAGAUAAAAGAAAUACGAUAUGCAGGAAAAGGUUAUUUCGGGAACACAAAUUACAACACAGCCGAUAUAGUCGCACUUAUUUUGAAAGAAAAACUCGAUAUAAGUGCGACAGUUUUGCCAGCAUGUAUCGAUUGGACUGGCAGCGGUAGAAUAACGUAUCCUGAAGAAGAUACUCUGGGAAAAGUCUCAGGAUGGGGUAGGAUCGAACACGAAGGAAAGUAUAGUGAAAACUUAACGACUGUCAAUUUACCCUUCAUCAGUCGGCAACGUUGCUAUGACAUCGUGCCAGAUGAUUUUAAAGCAUUUAUAACUUUGGAUAAAUUCUGCGCUGGCAAAGAAGGUGGUGCUGGUGUACUGCAGGGAGAUAGUGGAGGAGGAUUUUUACUUCGAGAUGGUCCAUUUUACUACCUUCGAGGCAUUGUUAGCGUGAAGCGAAGCUCAGAAACUUCUAUAGCAGCGUUUACAGAUUUGACAGAUCAUAUCGAUUGGAUUCUACGGAUGCGAGAUGAAGUUAACAAUAAUAUAAUGUCACCUUCGAAAACAAAUUCAUUGGAAACGUUUGGAGAACGUAUUUGCGAGGAUUACGAUGUCAAUAAUUGUAUGAAGAUUGAAGACUGUUCAAUGGCUGAUCAUCUUAUUAUCACCAGAAGAGCAGUAUCUUGUGGUUACGAUGCUGAUGAUACGGAAAAAAUAUGCUGUUCACUGCCAAACUCUACACAAUCGUUUUCAUCGUCAGAGCCAGAAAAGCAGACGGAAUCAAAUUCUGAAGCUAACGACUCCAAAAUUUCACAAGACUCUACAUCAGCAAAUCAAACAACACGAAAGAGCAUUACGAAAGGAAUAGCCAGACUCGCAGUUGGUUUUGACUACAUAUUUUACAAAUCGAAUCCAAACGAAAAUUUUAUACUGGCACCACUGAACGUGGCAAGAAUAAUAGCUGCAAUUUGGCUGGGUAGUACGAACAAAACAGCAGUAGAAUUGAGUAAAUUACAAAAUGUAUUGCUCAAAGAGAAGACAACGAACUACAGAGUAGAAGAAUUUCACCAAGAAUUGGCAAACUUAUCAUACGAAGUGAAUACAUACAUGAAAGACGGAGUUGCCUUAUUUAUACAAAAAGAAAAUCCUAUACAGGUAGCAUUCAUGAAUCAAGUCGCACGUUUAUACAACGCUGAUGUCAUAAAAUUAGAUUUUAAAAAAGGCGGUAAAGAACCAGAAAUUGCUGUCAAUAAAUGGGCGUCCGAUUACAGCGCAAAUAAAAUCAAGGAAAUAACACAAUUGCCCAUCGACCAAAUAACUGUGUUUUUAGCAAUUGGUGUUUCAUAUUUCAAUGGCGAUUGGGAACACCCAUUUUUUGUAAAAGAAACCAGACAGCAAUUAUUCUUCACGAGAGGGGAAAAUGGUGAAAACAUUGAUUAUCGAGUAGAUAUGAUGUUUGGUAGAGCACCGAUCCCGUAUUAUGAAGAUGAAGAGGUCGGCUAUCGAGCAAUCAUACUGCCAUAUAAAAAUAAAUCAAUGCACAUGUACGUUAUUUUACCGAGACAAAACAAGACGUUGAAAAAUCUUACAGAAUCGCUAAAUCAUGGAGAUUUUGCAAAUAUCGCAGAGAAAUCCACAAUAUCCGAAGUUUUUUAUGCUAUUCCAAAAAUGCAUCUAGAAAUGACGAAUGACCUGAAAUCAGCAUUACGGCAAUUGGGAGUUGAAACUUUAUUCGAUCCAGUAAGAGCCAACUUCAGUAAAAUUACUGAUAAACAGAUACGCGUUUCAGAAAUUUUGCAAAACGUUGUAAUAGACGUAAAUGAGAAGGCUGGUGAUACCACAACCAACAUAGGAACUACUAUUAGUUAUAUCAACAAAGAUAAGUACAUCAAUUUCACUGUUGACAGACCUUUUACUUUUUUUAUUUUCGAUGCUAAAGCCAAAGUCAUGACAUUGUGGGCCAGUAUUUAUAAACCGACCCCUUAUAAAUAGUUGCUUUUACCUUCAAAAUGUUUGUUCAAUACCAAAAAUUUAACCAUCUUAAUUUGAAAAAACUGCUUUUCUUAAUCAUGCAUGAAAUUGAUGAGAAAUGUAAUAAACGCUUUGUAAGCUUU